UCUUUGGUGGUCAGUCAGUCGGGUCAGUUCGGUUCGGUGCGCUACCGGGAAUGGAACGAUUUUCCUAGCCUAGCUAUUCGCGAUCGUUACCAACCGAAUUACCUGUCCGGUCGCAGUAGGCGGUGAUUGUUAUUUGUUUGUUUUGGAAUUUUCGUUAGUAGUAGCUGUUAAAAGUGCAAAACAAAAACAAACAAACAACACCGUUCUAGUGCCUAAGAAUUAAACAUCAAAGAAGUGAAAUGUGUUAUUAGAGUGUAUACAGUAUAUUAAGCGGCUUAAGUGUAGUACUUUCACAUACAAACUAAUCAAACAAUCCCUAAAUUUAACACACAAAAAAUCAAUAUUUUCUGCAAUUCUCAAGUGAUCUUUCCAAUUGCCCACCCGAUUAUGGUCGUAUGACUCAAUGUGCUUUUUUCUAAACAAAGUUACACCUUCUCCCGUACUACUACCGUUAAAAGUAAGGUGUGCACUUACGUACGUGGUUUAGUGGCGCGUGAAACCGAGAUCACUUGCACCUGGACCUCGCCCGCCCAGAUCGGCGCAAUUUGGGCAAUUUUCUUCUCACCUGCAAUUAAUUUACGUGUCGAAUUUCCGAAUUUCCAACCAAACCCCACCGACGGCGUUGGCUGUUGUUUCCAUCAACAGUAAAAAUCCGAACGCCAGAUCGUUUCCAUCGUUGUCCGAAUUUCCCGAAACAUCCUCCCGUCCCUUUGUUGGACGUUCUGGACUUUGAGAUUGAUUUGCGGUACAAGGCGGUACAAGGGCGGUACAAGGCAGGCAGUGUUGUUUGCUUUACACACCGUUGAUAUAUUGUGUGCGGAACGACAUAAUAUUUCAAGGACUGGGGUGAAAGAUCGACCGGCCGGCACACGCAAACAGAUGGCCAAGCCAGACGAUGGCGACUGGCGAUUAAUUUUAAUGAUCAUGUUUCGGUGGAAUUGUGUGUGUGGAAUGGUUUUUCUGUGGUUUCCUGUAGGUUACGGUUGAUGUACCAAGUUGAUCUUCAUUUUCCCAGGAACAUGAAUGAAUAGGAUCGUGACGCAGGAUUUGUUGGACUUUUUUUUCGAAUAAAAAACAGUAAUUAUAAACUGCUCCGGAUAGUACUCAAAAAUUCGAGUUCAUCAUGAAAACGGGAUUCCAAUUUAUUCCGGAGAAUCGGCCACUCCUCUACAUACCGGCGUCAAGAUUCUUCUGGGAAGGACCCACUGCACCCAACACAUCCCUCUACAACUAUCCGCUGGAGCUGUGGAGUACGAUACCGGAGUCGGAGCUGAUCGUGAAGCUGUGCGUCUUCCUUCCCAUCAUCGUGUUCGGGCUGCUCGGCAAUGGCAUCCUGCUGGAGGUUAUCUUCUCUAACCGCACGCUACGCACACCGAGCCACCUGCUGAUAGCGAACCUGGUGGUGACCGAUUUUCUCACCCUGCUCGUGUGUCCGCUCUUCUUCAUGACGCACGACUUCUUCCAGAACUAUCUGCUCGGACCGGUCGGCUGCAAGCUGGAGGGGCUUAUAGAAGGUGGUCUCCUAGUCACUUCCGUCCUCGGGAUGUGUGUCAUCAGCUACGACCGACUGUCGGCCGUCGUACUGUCCUCCGGCACCCGUCUGAAAGGACGCGGCACCGUAGCAGCGAUCGUGUUCUGCUGGCUGAUGGGAUUCAGCAUUGCGAUGCCGCUGUCCCUGUAUCGUCACUUCAAAAUUCGCCACUGGAAGGAUGUGGACGAGAUGUACUGCUACGAGGAUCGCUCCGUACUGGCCACGUACUGGGAGUUUCUGCUGGUCAUGCUGGUGUGGGUCCCGCUGGGCGUUAUGCUGGUGGCGUACACACUGAUCAUCGUUAAGCUGGACCGGUACGAACGGAAUGCCCUUCGCCGGCAGCAUCCGAUGGUAGUGCGGUACAAGAGCCGGGUGGCCAAAACGCUCUACAUUGUGUUGCUGGCGUUUAUCGUCGUCCGGGUGCCCUUCACCAUCAUGGUGUUUGUGUACUACAACAUCGAACCUUUGGACCAUUUUCAGUUUAGCGAAAGUUUCAUAUUUGUCUGGUGGCUUGCGAAAGUGGCGUUCAUCUUUCUAAAUGCUGCCAUCAAUCCGCUCAUCUACGGACUCACCAACAAAACGUUUAAAAAGGCACUUCGCGGAUCGAAGAUUUUGCAGUGCCUUUGUCGGUUGGCCCCGGAAGAGCCGGAACCGACACAAACUCCUGCAGAUUCCAGCAAAUCAACGAUCUGUUGCUGUUUCUCGAGGACGAAUUCGGAAGAAAUGGAACAAUCAUCGCAGGAUGAUAAGAUACUUGAGCGGUCACGAUUUUCAAGAGUGAGACAUUUCCGAGCAACGUGGCUCAAUUCGACAUUUAGGAACAAGCAUCCUAAAAAUGAAACAACUGUAGACGAUAAAUCAUAAAUGGAGCAUGAUGAUACAAAUAAUUAUUUUUAAUAAUUAUGGAUUGCUUAUCAGUAACAGCAGAACAGUAAUAGAACCGGUGUACAACGAUCGAUGUAUUAUAGCGCGCAUUUGUUUCAUCUUCUCUUGGCUAUAACUCCAAGAUUUGGCCAAGGAAUUGCCAUAUUUCUAUUUAUUCAAACAUAUGAGUAUGCUGGAAGUUAAUUUCAUGUUGAAUAAAUAGCUAUUUGUAGCCGUUGUAUAAGCGGAUAGCACAGCACGUGGAUUCAUUCCCAGUUUGUACUUAGAAAAUAAAUUACCUACGGGUAUGCAAUCCGCACGACACAAAG